AUGGAGUCCGCGGUGUCUGGCUCGGCACGGCGAAGGGACGCAACACGGAGGGGCGGACGGUGGCGAAGAAGACGCUCCGGCGAGCACGGCGAGUGGCGAUGCGGGUCACCACCCACAGCGAAAACCAACGUGGUGGAUGCGGCUUGCCCUUGCGACGCCAACGGAGGAAACUGUGAAGCGAACAGUAGUGUGUCGGGGGAGAUCGAAGAGCUUGACCCCGGCACGGCCAUGGCGGCGGCGGUGCUUGGGAGAGUGCGGCAAUGGCGCUGUGGGCACGGAUCGACGACGAGAAGCAGCGGGUCGGUCUCGUGGUGUCGCUGCGGUGCCAACGGUGGAACGUAUGGAGCCGGAGGUGGUCUGUGGUGGAAGGUCGGGGAGCUCGGGCUAGGCCCGGCAAUGGUGGCGGAUGUGGGCGCUGGAGCGGAAGAGGGCACGACGAGGAGCGGAGUGGAAGCGGCGUGCACGCGCGAUGCUCCUGCGCUGCUUAUAAAGGGAGAGGGGGCGAGGAACGUGGACGGGAAUGGAGCUUGGUUCAUUGCAAUCAAUGGCGGCUGGAGUAACGGACAGAGGAAAUGGACGAACGUGGAGCGCGGGUUGACGGAGUUCCUCUGCCCGGACUGCUCAACGCCGCAGGCGCUCCCGCCGGAGCUCAUGCCGCCGCCGCCGAGGCGCCGCCGUGCGCUGCCCAUCCCGCCCGCCCCGGCGCGGCACCUCACCGCGGCGCCCCACGUCGGGCUGCCGUGCGGGGCGUGCGGGGCGCUGCUGAGCUUGCCGCCGGGGCUCGCGCGCUGCGGGUGCCCGGUCUGUGGCGCCGAGCUCGCCGUCGACGCCGAGCGCCUCCGCCAGUACCUCCUGUACACCGCCGCCGCGCCACUCGUGCCGGUCUCAACGCCGCCGGUCGUCCAGGCCCGGGAGGGAUGCCAAGAAUAUCCUGAUUCUGCAGUUUGUUUGGGACAUAUUCAAGGGCAUCCGGCCAAUCAACUGGUUCAUGUAAAGCGAUUACAAGUCAGAUGUCGAAAUAAACAGUCACUUUCGGAGUAUCCCAAUACUGGUAAUGAUAUAUGCAUUGAUAUGUCAAAUGAGAUUAAUGAAAUGCACUGCCAUAGGACCAAAGUCUUGGUUGCUGCUAAAACUGUUAGUACAAAGUGGAGGCAAGUGGAAAGUCUAAACUAUGCCACAUAUCAGGCAGAUGCACAGCAAUCCUAUCAUUCAGUUCAUGCAGAACAUACAGACCAUGCAAUCCAUGUUGGAGAGGCACGAAAUGAAUCUCUUAGUCAUGCAAUUCACAGAAGUAUGGGGCACAUUGAGCUGAUUAAGGAGAAAACUGUGGUAAGGCAUACGAACCGGGUACCUGGUACCACUGUUUGCCCAACACCUGUAAGUGUCGAGAAGAGGCAGGUUCAAACUUUGAACCAGAUCGCACAGGAGGGACAGGGAAAGACCGGGCCACCCAAAUUGCAUAGUCCUACUGAACAGGGCCCAGAACAUUGCAAUGAUAGCAUUCAGACAGAGGAGGCUGAAACUGAGAUGGGCCAGCUGACUGCAAGAUUGGCCCAUAAGAGCACAAAGAGGAAUUUGACGCCUUCAUCAAAUAAUGGGUCAGAGCAUAGGUGUAGUUCUGAAAAAGUCAGCCAUGAUUCCUCUAAUUCAUUGCGUCAACACAAUAUGCCUCAUAGAAGCUCUAAUGAGGCAGACAAUCAUCAUGCCACCACACAGUCUGCUUCUUCGAUUCCUGAUAUGUCCGAUCCUGAAAGCUUUGCACGUCAUUACUGUAAAAUACGCCCUCCAGAAGUUAGGAGAGCUCUUGAAAGGAGUCCUAAUUUAGGCAAUGCUGGUGGCAAGGAAAAGAAAAGACGUGGUCGUGGUCCUACAUUCUGCCUUAAAGUCUGGACAAUGCCUGAGGGUGAAAGGAUUCCAGUGUCUUUCAAUGAUCUUGGUCAACCUAUCGGAAUUGAAGCUGUCACAUUGAGUAGCUUUCUGGGACAACUUGCCCGUGAUGUAACACUGGCACCUCUGACAUAUACAGAUUGGAGACAUUUUCCAAAGAAAAACAAGAAUGCAAUGUGGCAUUUAGUUAAUUUAUUUCCUGUCCUCCGGUGGUUGCCACAGUUCAAGUUUAUCAUCCCACCAAUUGGCGAAAUCUGGGUUAUGCAGGCAUUGGGGAAAAAAUGGAAGGACUGGAAAGGUAUCUUAAAACAUGAACGGUAUGAUGUUCAUGAGACAGAUGAGGAGCGUCUUGCUGACCGAGAUCCUCGUGUCCCAGAAGAACAAUGGAAACUCCUUGUGGCAUAUUGGGGCACUGAGAAGGCCAAGUUGUUAUUAUGUUAUAGGCUGCAAGUGCUCGAUCUAGAAAUUCUCAACGAUACCAACCUCUUCAUAGACACAGAACUGGAUCAAAGAGUUAUGCACGGAUACAGGAGGAGGAGGAGCGGCAAAAGCGACCAAAUAUGGAGGACAGAUAUAUACAUACUGAUCCCUAAAGAUGGGAAUGGAGACCUGGCAAAGCAACAGGUUGAGCCUUUUGGAAAGAUGGCUGCUAAGGUGUCACUGAGGCAAGUUCAAGAGGCUAAGCAUAAGGCUGAGGAGCCAGCCACACUGAGAAAGAAAAUGCUGGAAAUGGAAGAAAAUAACAGGAAGAGCCAGGGCAAAGAUGAUUCAAUACUCGUUCUCAGAACUAAUAUCUCCGAGGUGCAAUCUACCGUGUACAUCAUCUGCAGUUAA